CGUCGACAGCGUGAUCGGGCUGCUACCCUGCCGUGAAUGUCCGCAGGGCGAGGUCUGUUGUGCCCGCGACGUAAUAGCCUGAGCCUGAGCCUGUGCAAAGCACUGCUCUGUUUGGUAUUGCCGCGGCGUCGCGCGCGCAGACAAGUGGUCUUGCGCGUGUUGGAUCGCGUCUGUAGGGCGACUGCAGCGGUUGUUUCGAUACCUUGCUUGCCCAGGCGCGCGCCCAGCCAGACUUCAGGCUGCAGGCAGCAGCGCAUCGCUCCGAGGUAGCAGUUGCUGUUUGCGCCGCGCGCAGCCUCACCGAUUGAAUUACGCCUUCAAAAGGCGAGCAGUAACACAAAAUGCGACGCGCAAGAGCACUGCUGUCGCUCGGCGCCCUCACGGCAGCACUGCAGCCCCUGCCGCAUGCAAGCCGCCGCACGGCCCUUCGAGCGGUCGACGACGACAUGGUGCUGGAGCACGACUACAAACGAAGCACGGACCACCCCGGCAGCUUCUCCGACGAUGUUAUAGAAGAGAUCGACGAGCUCAUCGCGCUGCGGAGCGACGCGAAAAAGAAUAAAAACUACAAGCAAGCGGACGCGCUGCGAGAAGAAUUGAGCGGAUGCUACGACGUCUACGUCGACGACGCGUUGAGAGAGUGGCGCGCCGGCGCGCCGCCGGAGCCUGAACAAGUACCGAUCCCGGUCUACGACGGGCCCACCAGUGGAGGAUUUGGAAUAAUCGACGAGGACGCCGAGUGGGAGCGGCGGCGCAUUCCGAGAGGUCGGAAAGCUCUGGCCGCGCAGCGCAAGGCGUAUUUCGCGUUAGAUGGUGAAAUCACGCAAGUCUGGGCCCGCGCGAAGGGUCGGGACUUCUUCGUCGGCCGCGUGAAAGGUGGAAAUGCGGCAUUUGCGAUGCAGUUCGAUUUGAUAGAUUGGUCGGCGAAGGAGCUGCACCUGCCGCUCGGCGCGUCUCGGAAAGUGGCUUAUCUGAUCGCGAAGGAUGUAGAGCGGGCGGACGUCGCGGCGUGGGAGGCGACACCGAACCGCGAGGCCCAGCCCUCUUCGUUGAAAGCGCCUUCAGACGCCGUCGAUGCGGACUUAUCAGUGAGGACGGCGGACAAGGUGGGUUUUCUGGCCGCCAAAAGCCCGCUGCCUCCCACGACCCUGGGCAAUCUUGUUAAAAGGUGGCGCACGCGGGGCCAGUCGGCCUCCGAUUUGACGCCUGAGAUGCGGCCGACGGGCUCCGCCGCCGGGAACACGGGGCGGGCCAAGCGCUAAGUAUAUCUAUCCGAGUCCGUCGAACCAUCGGAGUCGGACAUGUAUUUCUUACACGAGUCGAGGGAUGAAUUUGGUCGUCACAGUAGA